AAUCAGGAAGCUGGAUGCCCUGACCCCAGGGGAGUAAUUGAUUUAAACAGGAAGUCUUUAACCUUCGUGGCGCGAGAUGCGAACGUGUUUGAGGUGGUGACGCGCGAAAGGGGACUCGUUCGUCUUAACAUUAUGAAGGAAACCCAUCCCAGCGUUCAGGCCUCAGCAGGCGUGGAGAUGGCGAUGGAUGGGAUCAACCAGCGGCUGGAUUUCUCCAGCUGUGGAGAGGACGGAAACAGCAGUGACACCACCUCGGGUGACUACGUCGUUCUCUGCAGUCCCAGAACGUGUCGUCCCGGCUUGGUCUGCGGGACCCCCAAAGGGCAGCGCCACCGCAGCAGGAGCAGCGCUUCGCCUUUGCAGUGCACCAGCCCCAUCCCUUAUGCUUCCUGGAAGAAGCUGCGGCUGUGUGAUUCGCCCAGCACACCCAAGAGUUUGUUGUCAAAAUCGUCCCAGCUUUACUCCAACGUAAAGAUAGGUCAUCACCAGAGGACUGUGCGUUUUGCCUCAGCUGCUGCAAACUUCAUUCAGGCUCCUUUCGUCAACGUGAAUCCGUUCACUCCGGACACGGUCCGCAGAAAAAGCGAGCUGCUGUGGAGGCAAAACAGCAGGAGUGACGACGAUGAAGAUUACGGACUCAGACUUAAACACAGCCUCACGUCUUCUGAAGAGGAUGACGAAGCCUUUCUCCCACCAAAGAGGCGAGCUGUCCAAGCCUUCAUGCUGUCGCGCUACGAGAGCGAGUUCCUGGAGGUGGAGUGCAUCGGCGUGGGCGAGUUCGGGGCGGUCUAUAAGUGUGUGAAUCGGCUGGACGGUUGCCUGUACGCCAUAAAGCGCUCCCGACGACCCCUGGCAGGCUCUGCCAAUGAGCAGCUGGCUCUAAAGGAAGUGUAUGCACAUGCUGUUCUUGGGCAUCACCCACACGUCGUUCGCUAUUAUUCAGCAUGGGCCGAGGAUGAUCACAUGAUUAUUCAGAAUGAAUACUGCGAUGGUGGUCGUUGCUGGAUUCUGACCCGACAAAGCGUCCAUCUGCCAGGGAGCUCUGCAAGCACACGGUCCUGAGGGAGAAGAGGACGGAGAGGCUGGCCGCUCAGCUUCGCAGAGAGCUCAAUGUGGAGAAGUUCAGGACGGCCAUGCUUGAAAAAGAGCUCCAGGAGGCACGACAGGCAGCCUUGUCACCAAAACAGGCCCUUUCGCCGAGGCUUUCAUCGGGUUUGAAGCCUCCCGCCAAGAUGGAGCCUCUGCCCAGAACAGGAAGGAGGCUCGUUGGCAGGAAGGCAGAGAGAUCUGUGAGCUUUGGGACUCCAGGAUGUAGAGUCUAAAAGCUUGUGAUGCAACGACUCUUCAACAAGUCUGUUGUUUUAACRCGUGUCAGGCAGUGUAAUCCUAGCAGAAAUGACUACAUGUAGAAUCUUGUUUCUUUUAGGUUAAACCAUGUUUGAGGAUUGGGAGCUUGCUUGCUGACUUGAAUAUUUUUUCUCUCCUUGUAACAUGAGUCACAUACAUGGCUGGUGUAGGAUUAUUUUUUUWAUUUUGUUUUUAUUGUAAAUAAACUUUUUAAGCCUUUUC